GAAAAAUUGGUAACACAGCUGCUACGAACCCUAAGGACCACGUGUGCCACCCCUGUGCUUUUAGGAUGCGACAUGCCAGCCUGGAUGAUGCCAAAAUGCACAUGGUGCUGUGCCUGUGAGGAGCGAGAGACAAUCCUGGAUCAAAGGAGCCAGGACACAGCAAGCCUGUCCGAAGAGGGUAAGCAGGCACGGAGAGGUAACGUGAUCCACCUUCAGUCACACAGCAGGCAUGAUCUCUCCUGGGCUCUUUCAGCCACGUUUGACACCAAGGCUGGGAUCUCAGAGACGUGAAGUUUCCCUGCGAUGUCAUGACAUGAAGCAGCAGGGUGAGGAGAGGGAUAGGCUGUCCCUGCCCACUGGGAGAAAGGCUGCAGCGUGAAAACAUCCCUUUUUACACACCAGAGCAUUCACAAAGGAGAGAAACUGCAUGAAUUCCCCUACAGCAGGAAGCACCCAUAGAGCUCAGCCAACACAUUUCUGUAUGCAACUGAACUCUGAAAAAUGGAAAUUCUCUGAAGCGAUAUAUGGUCACUCUCCUUGGGCCACAGCAGGUGUGGAGGCCACAUGUCCAGGACGCUGAACAUCUCCUUCCCCAGUCAGCACGUUAGUCUAGUGUGUGAGAACAUACCUUGGCCCACACAGAGGUAUUGUGGAUAAAGUGCAUUCCUGGUUUUGCCACUGGCUGAAUGCAGGACGUUGGGUACUUCAUGUCCCUGGGCUUGUGGGGGCAUUUAAAUGUGCUUUGCAUGCCUUAGCUCCCAGACGGCUGGGAACCGUCUCACUGGACUGUACACACUUAAUAGCUGGGCAUCUGCCCUAAGCUAGUCCAUGAGGGUCUGUCUACAGGCAAAUGAAAGACACAAUCAUCUCCAGAGGAGUGUUAUGGAUGAGAACAUGAUGAAUCAUUUUCUGGAGGUGCCGAUCUUCUGUACUGACUGUGGAAAAAGCUGAGGGUGUUUGCCUCUGCCGCUGUUUGGAGCAGCCGGGAGGUCUGUCUCGCCCUGCAGUUCAAGGAGGCACGACAGAGGAGGGCUGGAGGACACCACCGGCUUCCCCGCAGCACACUCCUUUCCUCCCCCUUUUCUUUUGCAAGGCACUAGAGCAGGCGGGAGGGAGCCAUGCCCUACCUGUACCAGGACUCGAAGCCGAGGCCGCCUGCGCUGCCUGGGGCCGCUCGUGCCACCCACAGCUCAGGGAAGGGCUACGAGGAGCUGAAGCAGGAGUGCCUGCGCAAGGGGGUCCUCUUCGAGGACCCUGACUUCCCCGCCUGCAACUCCUCUCUCUUCUUCAGUGAAAAGCCACCUAUUCCCUUCAUCUGGAAGAGGCCCAGGGACAUUGUCAAAGACCCCAAGUUUACCAUUGGAGGAGCCACAAGAACUGACAUUUGCCAAGGGGAUCUUGGUGACUGCUGGCUAUUAGCAGCUAUAGCUUCUCUCACACUGAAUGAAAAAACAUUAUCAAGAGUGGUGCCACUGGAUCAAAAUUUUGGACCAGAUUAUGCUGGAAUAUUUCACUUCCAGUUUUGGCAGCACAAUGAGUGGGUGGAUGUUGUGAUUGAUGACCGAUUACCCACCUUCAAAGGCCGGUUGGUUUUCCUGCACUCAGCUGAACACAAUGAAUUUUGGAGUGCCUUACUAGAGAAAGCCUAUGCCAAGCUGAACGGCAGCUACGAGGCUCUGAAAGGAGGCAGUACAAUAGAAGCCAUGGAGGAUUUCACUGGGGGUGUAGGAGAAAUGUAUGAGGUUAAAAAGGCUCCUGACAAUUUCUAUGAAAUCCUAGAGAAAGCUCUGAAAAGAUGCUCGAUGGUGGGCUGCUCUAUUGAUACCAGCAGUGCUGCCGAGUCGGAAGCCAAAACACCCUUUGGCCUUAUAAAGGGCCAUGCUUACUCCGUGACUGGCAUUGAUGAGGUGAGCUAUCGGGGCCGGCAAGUGCAGCUCAUAAGGAUACGGAACCCCUGGGGACAGGUCGAGUGGAACGGCCCAUGGAGUGACAACUCUCUGGAGUGGCGUUCAGUCAGCCCAUCGGAGCAGAGACGCCUAUCACAGGCAGCACUGGAUGAUGGAGAGUUCUGGAUGAAAUUUGAAGACUUCAAAGUGCAUUUUGAUAAAGUUGAGAUCUGCAACCUGACUCCAGAUGCCCUGGAAGACAGCACUGCCCACAAGUGGGAGGUGACCAUCCACCAAGGGAGCUGGGUCCGGGGAUCCACCGCAGGAGGAUGUAGAAAUUUUCUAGAGACUUUCUGGACAAAUCCACAAAUCAAGCUACAUUUGACAGAGAAAGACGAUGGACAAGAUGACUGCACGUUCAUAGCAGCGCUGAUGCAAAAGGAUCGCCGCAAACUCAAGAAGCUUGGCGCUGAAAUGCUAACCAUCGGCUACUCUAUUUAUGAGAGCCCCGGCAGAGACGGACACUUGGGCAAAGACUUCUUCAGGUACCACCCCUCCAAGGCCAGGAGCAAAACCUACAUUAAUUUAAGGGAAGUAUCUAACCGAUUCAAGCUGCCACCAGGUGAUUACAUUCUUGUUCCAACCACGUUUGAGCCGCACCAGGAGGCAGAUUUCUGCCUGAGGAUUUUCUCCGAGAAGAAAGCCAUCACUGAGGAUCUAGAUGAAAAUGUUGCCAUUGAUCUCCCUGAGCCUCCAAACCCAACCCCAAGCCCACAAGAAACUGAAGAAGAAAAGCAGUUCCGGGCACUGUUUGAGCAGAUUUCAGGAAAGGACAUGGAGAUAGCUGCAGAAGAACUCGAAUAUGUUCUGAAUGCUGUAUUAAAAAAAACAAAGAACAUCAAAUUCAAGAACUUAAGUCUCAUUUCAUGCCGAAAUAUCAUUUCUCUUAUGGAUACCAGUGGCAACGGGAAACUGGAAUUUAAUGAGUUCAAAGUUUUCUGGGAAAAAAUGAAGAAAUGGAUAAAUAUCUUUCUUCAAUUUGACUUUGAUAAAUCUGGCUCCAUGUCCUCCUAUGAGCUCCGCAGUGCUCUUAAAGCUGCAGGAUACCAACUCAACAACUACUUGCUGCAACUGAUUGUCCUCCGAUACUCUGAUGAACAGUUCCAGGUUGAAUUCGAUGAUUUUCUGAACUGCUUAAUUCGCUUAGAGAAUGCAAGUCGAGUAUUCCAAGCACUGAGUGUGAAAAACAAGGACUUCAUUAACCUGAAUAUAGGCGAGUUCAUCAACCUGGCAAUGAAUAUCUGAAGAAGUCUGACUUGGAUGCCGGGAUUUUCUUGCAACAUUGCUGCUGAGACUUCUGCCCCAACAGCUGAGGGCUCCUUCGCAUGCAAACUUUACCAGGAGCUUUUGUGUGGAGAAACACACAUGCUGCCCACUCUUUCUGGUCUCCAGCCCUGUUGUGUUGAUGAGUUCAACAGUCAGAUCACAUUUUGUUUUUUAUUUUUGGUAAGGAUUUGUUAGUGACUGGAUUUGUUACUGUGAGAGGCAUUUGGAUGAGACACACAUACCUCAAGCAGACUGAAACUGAUUUUCCUGAGUGACCACAGGCUUUUAUGAAAUAGGGUUGUAUUUAGUGUCAGCACAGCACAGACUACAGUGAUCAAAAGUCUUUAUUGCUGCUUGGCUACAGAUUACUGUAAGGUGCUUUUGAAAAUAUAAGGUUGAAUAAAACUUUGUUCAGUUUGGAAUUUAUUUACAGGCAUGCUGUGCAGCUACAUACAAGUCUCCUGCCAUAGCCACAUGAAUUGCAGUCUGGCAGACUGCGAACAAAGGAAGACUAGGGAAUGUAUGGAUGAAAAUUCAUCCUUGAAUAUUUAUGACAGAGGUCCCUGGUCCAGGCUUCCUUAGAAGGAUGCUUAAACUGAGGUCUAACAUUCAUUAAAGACUUAAUUUAGAGAAUAAUUGUUGCAUCUCACCUUCCCUUAGUCCUUCCUCUGCUACCAACAAAGUUUCUCUGCUACACACUUUGCUCUGUGGCCAAAGCAUGUCUCACAAGCCAAUCUCUGCAGAGUUGCACACAACUUGCCUUCAUCUUCAGACAGACACAUGGUCUCUGAGACAGCGAGCUCUUGUGUAGGGCCAUUUUCCCCCAGGCAGUCUGAGAUUGUGUCCCACACCAACCGUGCUCCAGAAGAGCAACUAUAAUCAUUUUAGAUGAAUUCAAUGUAACCAUUGGUAAGGCCCUAUCUCUGCAGCUAUUGCUAUUUUGCAUCUGUGACGUGGGUAGCCAGUGCUGACUUAAAAAACAACAGUAAUAGCAGCCAGGGACUUAAGAAGUCUUCAUAGGAUUUGUUUCCAUGAUUAUCUUCAUAAUUUAUGUCUAUUUUAUAAUGAAUCAACUGUCUGGAUUUGUUUUCUAAAACCAUUCUUGCAGCGAAACAGAUGGCCCUAGAAUAGCCUUGCAUUCCCUACUGUCCAGGAUCGCUGACACAGCCAGGGGUUUGUUUUCUCUAGAUUUAGACCUAAUGAGCAAUUCUGGAAGGAAUAUCAAGUUGCAGUAAAGGUGAAGUUCAAAUGAUUAAAAAACACAGGGAUGAUGAUGUUUAAAAUACCUACUUUCUUUUUUUCUAACAAUUAUAAUCUUGUAACUAUGCAGAAAAUGUUCUGGAGCUAACUGGAAGCUGAGCAAAAGCUCAUGGUUGCAGUAUUUGAUUAACCGAGGUACUCAGCCCCAUGAAGUGUAUUGAUUUUCAGAUGUGUGCCCUUUUGACAGCACUGGGGGCAGCUGUCUAAAUUUCUGAAAGUUUGGAUUAAAAUCUAGACCAUCCUAUAAACAUUUGGCCACAUACUUAAACAAAAAAAUCACAGAUCCCUAAUUAGUUCAUUGUGUGAGCUUGGAUGUGGAUACAAAUUUGUUGUAAUGUAUUUCCUUUCUGUAGCAAUGUUCACAAGCAAUGCAGAAGAGAUGUCUCAAUGCCUGGCAUCACCAGUGUAGCUUUCUGUUCCUCUGCCCGGAGCUGGUAAUGUCUUGGAGGAAUCAGGAUUGAUAUGAGUGGUACAUAGUGGGAUGGGAGCAAUGGGGCACAGGUAAAAAUCUCAUCUGCUUUUACAAGAAAAUUCUAACAUUUAAAAAAACACCCUGAAGUGUUUUCUGCUCUCUCAGAGCAGUUGCCUGCUGGCUGUGUCACAAGGAAUUUGAGAGCUAGCGUCUGAGUCUUUUACAAAUCAAGCCUUUGUCCUGGCCAGCCAGCGUGCUGCAGAGACCCAAGUCCUCAUCCUGCCUUGGGGUUUACACAACACCCACAGCCACAGCAGAGGUGCACGUAAGGGGAAUUAAGCACAAGAAAACCUGUGCAUAUGCUCGGGCUGGCCCAUGGCCACCCAGAGUCUGCUGCAGCACAGUGCCUAUCUCACCACUUGGGCUGUAAGGAUGUUACGGGUGUCUGUGCUGAACACCUUGCUAAAAUCAAGGUGAAGAACCGCAACUGCUCCCCCUUGUCCUGUGUGCUAGACCAUUUUCAGUGCAUGUGAAGAUGGAGGAUUAUAUAGUCCCUGGUAAGGUGGGAGGGGUGGGGUGUUCAGUCUGCUAUUAUAGUGCUCCCAUGAGUGACUGAGUGGGCAAAUGAGACAUGUUUGACUUCAUAGCUCCAUUCAAAUAUGAUAGUCCUUCUCAGCACUGCACCCACCCGGCAUUUGAGCAGUGCCCAGAAGCAUGGGUUUGGUUUUGCUGGUCUUUUCUUUUAAUCAAGGAUCUUGAAUUUAAAUCCAGACCUUGCUGCCUUCUCUGAUAGGAGAUGUAGUUAAGUUUGGCCCUGUACCAUUACAGGAGCUAUGGCAAAUCCCUUAUGGUGCUCUGAAAGCCGUGUCAGUGGUACAUUCCCUAAUGUGGUACACAUAGACCUUGUUAGCAAGAACAGCUCGUGCUGGGAGCCCUGCCUGUCUGCUAAUAGCAACAUUAAUGGGGAACAUGAGAGGCAUUUUUCAUAAUUAUACCACUGGAAAAAACUAAAAAUCACUUAGCUACAGGGUUGCAAUCUGAGCAUGCUCUCCCACUCCCUCACAGAACCAAAAAUCUCUGAAAUUUGCUGCUAAAGCCUCAGGCCAGAUGUUAGCGGAGGCUGGCUGCUACCCUGGUGCUGGUUGUCUCUCCUCUGCUCCCCUGUGCCCUCUCAGCAGCCACAGUUCCCCAAGAUGUUGGGCAGUGGUCAGACACAUGGCAUGUGUCUGAGUUCAAAGGAGCAUCAACUCAAUGUGUAAACCUUUUGAGAGGGGAUUCAUUUGGAAUUUGUCCCGAGCUCAGCCACCUCCACCAUUGUAACCACCCUGAUGGUACGUUUGGCAAUGGCAUUUUCCUGUCCUGAAGAAGGUUUCCUGCCCAACCUGUUGCUGAGGCCAGAAGUGAUAUAGUUAGUGAAAACUACCAUGAAGAACUGCCAUUAAAAUGUAAAGAGACUGAAAAAUAGUUAAAUUGCAUUCUGCCAUUUCUCCUUGCAGAGACAGAAACUGUCAAUAAACAUUGUGGGCACAAGCAUGGGCAGAAGCAUUCCAUGAUUCUUUGAAAAGCUCCCCGGGAGCGGCUCAGCAAUGCUGAGUCUUCGGCAGCAAUACUUGCUUCAGAAAAUCAUAG